AUGAAUCAGAUUUCUUGGCAAACACCAUUUGUGAAUAUCUUCAAGCAUUUUGAAAUUCAAUCAUGGAAAAAAGCGUUCAAACAAGGAGAUGUUGCAACUUUUAUGGAUCGUGAUUUGAAAUCCACUGUGUUUCGGAUUCGUGGACUGGUACCGGCCAAUAAUUUCAUACAAUUUCCAGCUCAACUGUCUCAAUCUCUGAAUUUAACUGGCAGAUUCUUUUACAUAUUAUUUCGUCCUGUAUUUGAUAAAUUUUUCACUAUCCAUCUUGAUAUAAUGACACAUGAAAACCACGUAGUCAGAAUAUCGUUAUCCAACUUAUUUCGUGAAUUCAAAGUAUCAACAACCUGCAUUCAAUUUCCCUACAUGACAUCGAAUCCGACAUCGACCAUGUUGAAAACAAAAUCGUCUACACUUGAUUCACAAACAACACCGUCUACAAUUGAUUUUACAUUAAUUGAAUCACGUUGGUGUAUAUUGUGUUUAGAUUUAGAGAAAAUUCUUACCAGUUAUAUGACAAAUCAACAUUAUCAUUAUCUUAAAUCAUUUCAAUUGUGUGGAAAUAUUUUUGUUAAAAAUUGUUUUACAUCGGAUAGUUUGUACGAACCAGGUAUCACAAUUGUUGAUGCUAAACGAAGUGGUUUAACAAAAACAGGAAUUAGAUCAUUACCAAAAGAAUUGGCAUAUCCUUUAGGGAAAAACCAACAAUGGCACGAUAUUUACGACUUUGUAAUGUUUCCCUCUUUGUCAUCAAAUACUACUUGUGAUUCUAAUCAAUUUGAAUGUGCGGGAAAUAUUCGUUUACCAACCAGUUAUAAGGUGAACGAGAAUGGUAGUUCAAAUGGAGAUAUUGCUUUCAUCGACGAUAUUCUUGAACCAUUAACAGCACAAACAAAAACCGUUAAUGGGCAUUUAUCCCGUUCAUCAUCUGAUUUACAUCAAAUAACGCAAAGAACAAUAUCGCCAAACAAUAAUCAAUUCGUAGAAUCACGUCAUUGGACAAUAUACAAUGAUAAUCAUGGCCCAUAUCAGUCAUUGCCCACAACAAUCGAUGAACAAUCUCAAACGAAUACAUCACGUUCAAAUACUGAUGGCGUUCAUUUAUUUGUUAAUCAACAAACGAUAAACAAUAACGGUUAUUCUAUGUCCAAUGAUAAUGAUUACAAUGAGUGUUCAUUACAACAUUCAACAGAUAAAAACAACAAUCAUUUGUUGACUCGUUUAUUACCAGAUCCAAUUCUUCGUUUAAAAAAAGUUAUUGGUAUAGGAAUAUCUGGUGAAGAAAAUGCAACAACACCGAUAAAUGGUACAUGUAAAGAUAUCAUAUGGACCCAUGAUGGUGAUUAUAUUCUCUAUCCAUCAAAUGCUCUCGUUAUUCUAAUGCAUAUUGAAACACGACAACAAUACUUUUUUAUCGGUCAUACCGACAAAGUUACAUCAAUUGCAUUGAAAAGAAAUUCAGCAUUAUUAGCAACCGUUCAAAAAGGAUCAAAUGGUGUACUACGUAUAUGGAAAUUUGAAAAUCGCCGUUGCGUAGUUGUUGUAAAAGUACCAGCCAUCAAGUUAUGUGCUGUAGAUUUUGCACAUGAUUCAAAUUAUCUUCUUGUUGUUGGACACAGUGAUAUUUUAGAAGAUAAACAUAACAGUUCAAGGACAAUUAUUUGUAUUUACGAUGCGUCGAAUUGGUUAAAGGGUACAAUUAGUUUAAUAUCAAAAGCGUCAACAGAUUCCUCAAUAGAACGUAUCAGAUUUUUGCCAUCUGAUAGUUCAAAAUUUGUGACAUAUGGGUGUGAUAACAUCAAAUUUUGGAAAUUAAAAGAUUCAGUAGAAUUAAGAUCGAUGGAUAUAUCUGUUGACAAUAUUCAACAUUUAGAGUAUACGGAUAUUCAAUUUGAAUAUGCAUCAGCGACAAAUUCUAAGCAUAACAAUGAACUUUUGUUAUAUGUUUCAUCAAAAAGUGGUCAUGUAUUAGAAUUAUCCUAUAAUGAAAAACGUGUGUUACGUAUUCAUCGUUUAUUACCGUUGAAACGACCAACUGCUUCGUCAGAUAAAAUAAUAUUAGCUAAUGCACCGUCAAUCGGUGUCAAUGCAUUAACUGUCACAAGUAAUUUUUGUAUAACCGGAUCAAAUGACGGUUAUAUCCGAGUGUGGUCAAACGAUUUUCAACAAACGUAUAUUGAAGCUCAACACGAUAAUUCUAUAUGUGGAUUGGCCAUUUCGGAUGAUCAAACACGUGUAGUUGUAUCAACAGUAUCUGGUUCUUUGGGUGUAUUGAAUUUAGUUAAUAAGAGUUACUCUACAUUAGUACAUUCACAUGUAAAUUCGAUUACUGACAUUGAUUAUGAUGACAUAAGAAAACAAAUGAUUAGUGUUUCAAUAGAUGGUACGAUUCGAAUAUGGUCAUUUGAAACAGGUGAACAAUCAUUUGAAUUUACAUCGUUAAAUGACACACCAUUGUUGGUGACAUAUCAUCCGAAUAGACAAGCAUUCGCAGUCGGAUUUAGUAAUGGUAAAAUCAAAGUAUUCGAACUAAAUACAUCAAUUAUAUCAGCUGAAGUCAAUCAUCAUACAAGCUGUAUAACUGGAUUGCUGUAUUCUCACAAUGCUUCUAAACUACUAACUAGUGACUCUGAUGGUAAUUUAUGUCUAUCGCACGUAAAUGAUGGAUAUAAACUUCAGCGUACUAUUGCCAGAGCCUUGCCAGUAAUCAACAAUGAAUCAUUAUCAUCUUUGCAUGGAAAUUGUUUAACAAUAAGUCCUGAUGGAAAGCAUACAGCAUAUAUUGGUCCAACUGAAUUUGUUGUAACUGUUGUUGAAACAAAUAAUUUGAGCCAGACACUUCGUAUCGAUAUCAGUAGUAGUACGUUCAAUGAUAUACAAACAGUCGACGAAUCAGCUUUACUCGUUCAUUAUUCACCCAGUAGACAUUUACUAGUUGCUACAUCAGAUCAAAAGUUAUUAAAAUUCGAUUCAUACACGGGAAAGUUGUUGAAUAUUGUAAGUGCCAUAAUUAGUUGUACGCAUAAACGUUCAUUUGACAGUCUAGCAUUGUCAUCCGAUAAUCAAUAUUUAUUAACAUCUGGCGAUAACUUGAUUAAGUUUUGGGAUUAUGAUAUGAGACUCGAUAUCAAUUUUCAAAGUUUUGUAGGACAUUCAGAAUCCGUUCGAAAAUUAUUUUUCACACCGGACAAUAUGAAUGUAAUUAGUGUUGGAGAUUCAAUAUUCAUAUGGGAUGUGUUAGCUUGGUCAACACCACUACCGUUGAUGCCAAACAAUGCACAGUGCAUUAUAUCGCCACAGUCUGUAAUGACAAAAAUACUCGAACAAGAUGAUACGGUUAACGGAAUGCCACGAUAUCCUCAUCAACCAUUCAGUUAUCAUGAUGCUGAUCGACAACGAGCGACAUCAGCUAGUAUCGAACACUCAAAGAAUACAAAACAUAAACCCAACGGGGAAAGUGUUCGACAAUUUCAAAAACGUUAUUUGGCACCGCCGAAUCAAGAAGGUUUAAAGUUGUCAUCAAUUAUCGGUUACAAUGGCAACGGACGAGAAAACGUUAUUUGGCACCCUCACACUGGCCUAUUUGUAUAUAGUGUUGGAUGCAAUGUUAUCGUUGAAAAUUUGAAUCAAAGCGAACAAACAGUUUUAUCUGGACACUCGGACGAAAUAUCAACAUUAGCAUUAGCAAACGAUGUCAGUGUUUUUGCUAGCGCACAAUGUUCAUCUUCAUUUAAUCGUGAAAUGCAAUCUCGAAUUAUUAUAUGGGAUGUUAAAAGCUUAAAACAGAAAGUAUUUCUACAACAACCUGUUCAUGGUAUCACUUGUAUGGCAUUUUCGAGAGAUGAUCGUUUUCUGGUUACUGUUGGUGAUUAUGUAAAACCCUUGUUCACUCUCUGGAAUAUGUGUGAUUAUACAAACAUUUUGAACUGGGAAGAUGAGUCAGAAAAGCAAAUAUCCAUCCAUUGUUUGUCAUGGGAUCCAUCAAGUACUAAUGAAUUUGUGACAGGUGGUUCAAAUGGAACAAUCAAUUUUUGUAAAAUUAUUGGAAGUAAUCCAAAUGAUAUUCGCUUGCAUGUAAUUAGCCAGACAAUGCCACUUACAUUAGUUGAACAUUUAAAUCAUUGUGAAAUAACAUCGUGUGUCUAUAUUACGAAUGGAAAUCUUGUUUUAUGCUCGACAAAUCUUGGUUUUAUCACAUGCUGGAACACAAGAACAAAUGUUUGCAUGUUGCACUGGAAAGCCGAUCAAACUGAAAUAUGCUAUAUGAUAUCAAUCAAACACAAAUUAAUCACCGGAUCAUCAGAGGGUUUAUUAAAAUUAUGGAAUAUUGAGCAUUUAGAAUCAAAUAUCACUAUGUCAAAUAGCUAUAAUAACAGCAUCGUUUAUAAUGAAACUAACUUUGGUCUAAUAAUUCAAAAUGAACUUCAGUUAGAUGGUGCAAUAAUUAGUGGUGGAUUUGAUUCUACAUUUGACAUGGGUAUCGUUGGAACAACGAAUGGUUCAUUGUUUUGUAUUUGUUGGUCAGAUCGUUCAAAAACACGUUUGUUAGCGUCCCACGUGCAUACGAUUACUGGUAUUGUGCCCAUUGAAGAUACACAUCUAAUAACAUCUAGUGAAGAUGGUACAAUUAGACUAUGGCAAUUAGAUGAUAGAGAUGAACUACUGAAGUUUGAUGCUAAUGGACUUAAAGUGACAUGUAUAGCACCAUGGGAAAAUGCAAUAACACCAACAAAUGAUUGUCAUGCGAGUCCAGUGAAAAAUAUAAUAACAAAAAUUCGUUCUAUCGUUGCUGGUUAUGAUGAUGGAACGAUUCGAUUGUUUAAUCUCCUAUAUGCACAAAUGGUUGUAAAAUUACAUCCGCAUACAACAUCAGUAACAGUUGUCCAUGUUCCACUCAAUAGUACAAUUGUAGUGUCAGGUGCUCAAGAUGGCACAUUAAUCAUAUCGAGUUUAACACAAGGAAUUGUUUUGCGUGUAUUGAAUGAACAGCGAAAUGCACCGAUAUGUUCUAUAGAUUCGAAAUAUUUAAAAUCUGUUGGUAAUGAAGAUUUACCAUAUGUAUGGGCAGCAACAAGUCAUGAUCGACGUGUCAGCAUAUGGAAAUCAAAUAAGCAUUUUGAGCAAUGUCAGUUGAACGAUUGGUUAACAUUCGUAGCGCCACCAUUUGCUCCAGAUGGAACAGUGUACGAAAGCACAAAGAAUUGGAAAUUUUAUCCUCCCAGUCUGGCUUAUUUUUCAUCCACAGAACAGAAUAUUCUUAUUUAUGUUGGAUAUGGUAUUGAAAAACUCGUUCAAUUUUAUAAUAUUGAAACAAAGCAAAUUAUUCGUACAAUGGCACUGAGUCAAUGGUGCAACUGUUUUGAUGUAUCAAGCUUAACUAAUGACGAUGGAGACGACAACAAUCAUCGUUUAAUAGCAUUCGGUACCAAAGAGCGUUUAGUACAAAUAAAAGAUUAUAAUUUAGGUACAUUUCAAGAUUUUAUUAGUAACAGUGAUUGUAUCAAUCAUAUUAAAUUUUCGAAAACACAAAAUUAUUUGUAUACAACCUCUUCGAAUGAAAUUUUUAUCUGGAAAGUUCUUUUGAGCUAA